AUGCCAGCAGCAACGGCAGCAUGCAAGGUAAAUGUCACCAACGAAGACACCGAGGAGCAGGUUUUGCAGAGAUCGACUAUUCCCCCACAAAGCCUCACCAAGGUUGUGAACGACAAGUUGAGGUCCAACCGAAUUUACCGACCUCGACCAAAAUCCAAGUCAGCCGACACCAUCAUCAAGCAAGAAGACUUUGUGCUCGAGAUACAAGACAAGAGCGGGCUAGCAGCUCCGUUGGAGUGGGCUGCAGUCUGCACAGAGGUGGAGAAGUCCAUCAAGGACACCGAAGUCUCCUUACUGUUCAUCGCGCUGGCUCUUGGCCCGGAGCUGUCUGGCUGUGUUGGGUCUGGAUCGCUAUGCCUAGCUGCUGCUGGCACCUACUGCAUCUCAACGAAAGGGUUCUUGCUGUUCCGGCCAAGAGAAGCUACACAAUGGACAUUUCAAUGUUCGCAGGGUAUUUGGAAACCAUUCGAUGACAAUCAGACUGGAGAAGGCAAGAAAUGCUUGCAAGUCAGACCUUCCUUGGAGGUCAUCAUUGCUAGUGCCGAGGCCGUUGAAGGAUUUCUCGGAUCUGAUGAUUUCAAUAGUGUGAGGAGCUUGGCCUCCGGCAAGGAGAGGUCACAGAAGAUCUCCAUCCCUUUCAUCUCGCGCUUCUUUGGCUUCAGCACCAUCAAGGUGGAUAUUGCCGCGGAAGGCAAGCUUUCAAAGGCUUUCUGUUUCUCGUCAUGUGUUCUCACUGAUGGUGAGUUGACAGACGCACUGAGACUACUUUGUCCUUAUUCUCUUCUUUGGUGUGUGACAAUGAAGUUCCAACAACCUGUUCAACAACCAGUUUUCGAACUUUCAAAAACCUCCAGGUUUCUCCUUGGAACUAAACAGCUUUGGCGCUCCCCUGAGGCCAAACAGCAAGCAGUUCUGGAUCAGGCACAUCGGUUGAAAGGGUUUUGA